UGGCGGCCAUACUCAACACUGCGCUCUGUUGACAGUUGACCAAAGGAAGAUCAAACAUUUACGGCAAACUUAUGUGAUAAAGACAUGCCUUUGGUGUCUUUUUGACCCGCAGGCGCAUUUUUAAACCCGCUGCAGCCGAGCGAUGGAUGAGAAUGAACGGCAACGGAAACUAGAAGCUGGAAGAGCCAAGAAUUCGUCCAAGUCUUCUCCCCAGUCGCUUGCUAGCUACCGACAGAAGCGGGCGAAAGGCAGCGGUACGGGGCCGGCGAAAAAGGCGGCGAAGGGGAAGAGCCAGGAUGUCCCGCCGCAGAAUGACCGCGCAACGCAAGACCCCCACGUAGACGCCGCCCCUCCCUCCGCCAACGGACAGGAGCGGAACAGCAAGGCCAAAACUGAGGUUGAUGAACAGCCUAAGAAGAUUAAAGUCACGCAGAGGAAAGAAGUCGAGUCGUCUCCCUCCUCGGACCGAAGCCUUAGCCCCGUGGAGCAGCUGAAAGAUGAGGACCUGGCAGCGCUCACAGGCAAAGAGCAGCUCAAGCUCUUGCAGCAGGCUGUGGAGAAGCGCAACGAGAUCAUUGCCAAACUCAGUGCCAAUCUGCAGGAGGCGCUGUCCAGCAGAGACCAGGUUCAAAUGGAGGCCCAGACAUUAACGGGACAGAUCCAAGCUCUCCAAAAGCAGCUUCAACAGACCAGCAUGGAUUUCGCACGCAUUAAAACUUUACAUGGGCAUUCCUCGGAUUCAGAUUCCAGUAAUAAGGACGCGCCGCCUGAAUGUAAAAACCAAGGUUCCAACACGGACAGCGAUGAGGAGACGACAAACGCCCUUCUGAAAAAACUCAAACUCGAGCUGGAAAACGAAAAGGAGAAGAGUCAGAACUUUCUUGCCGAACUCCAAAAAGAAAGAGAUGCGGUUUUGUUACUGGAGGAAGAGAAGAGGGAGUGGGAGGAGGAGCUAAAACGCAAUCUCAUGCAGCUUCAGGACCUACAGUCACAGUGUCUGGAGAUGCAGCAGUACAAAAAGGAGAAGGAGAGACUCAACACGGAGGUUUUGGAGCUGAGGCAGAGGCUACAAGAGGAGGGGGACGUGGAGAAGAGGUUUGGUGAGGAGGCAGCUAGCUCAGCACGUCUAGUACAGAGCCUGGAGGAGGAACUGGAGAUUGUCAAGAAGCAGCUGGAGGACAGGGAGAAGGAGCUGAGGUUCAGAGAGGAGGAAGUACAAGGGCUAAAGGCGUCCAAGAAUAGACAGAACCAGGCCAGAGCGGGUUUCCCUUGUAAUGAGGCUAACCCAGGGGACAGUGGAGAUGGCAGCGAGGAGCUCAAGUCAAGUGAGGACAGUCUGAACGUGUCUCUCACAGGGGAUGAGCUGAUGGAGAGAUAUCUGUCCUCCCAGCCUCCCGCCUGCUCCCAGUCCUCACUCGGCCAAGAGGGUUUCCAGAACUGCAGCCAGCUGGAAAUGUCUGGAGACUGCAGCUUUGAACUGAACAGUGAAAUCCUGGGAGACCAUGCCUUAUUGUCCAUCUCUAACCGCCUUGAAGAAGUCCACGAGGAUGAUUAUGAUGACUUCAACGCAGCAGAGAACGACAAACUAGACCUGAGUAACACCUCAGCUCAGUCUGGAGACACUCACCUGGAGAAGGACCUCCUGUACCAGCAGUGCAGGGAGCUGCAGGAGGAGCUGGCACAGAAGGAACGGGACCUGGAGGUGCUGACUGAGGAGGUUUCCAAGAGCGCAGAAGAGCUGGAGGAAGCAAGGAGCAGGUGGGCUCAAGUGACUGAGGAGCUGAGGGAAGCCCAGCUGGAGCUGGAGGAGGAAAAGGAGAAGAGGAUCCAGCUGGAGGAGGAGAUGCUCCAGAAAAGCCCAGAACAAGAGGAGCUGCAGAACAAACCUGGUGCCUUACAGGAGAAAAGAGAAACUGAAGUGACGGAGGAGGAGGAAUGUCCUUUACCUGAACCUGUGGACCUGCUUGUGUUCUCCCCAGAGCAGAGUAAAGGGAACUACUCACCCAAACAGAGCCCAGAGACUGGAGAGGGCCAGCUGCAAACACUUCAGGACCUCUCUGAAAGCCUGAAAUCUGACCUUGAAGACACUAAAAGGGAAGUUGAAACGAGCACAAAGCUGCUGAACCAAAGGACUCUGGAGCUGGAGAAGGCUCUGAAGGAUCUCCAAAGCUCCCAGACACAGCUGCUAAACAUUCAGAACCAAAUGGACCAACUUCAGCUCGAACUGGACCAGAGCAAGGCCAGUCUGGACCUAGCCGAGAAGGAGAAGAGCGACCUGGAAUCGCGCAUGGUCUGCCUGAGCCAAAAUGUUGCCAACUUGGAGGAGACCCAAGUCAAAGCGCUGCAGGAGAAGGAGGAGCACAGGAGGAGAGCAGAGGAGAUGAACGAACGCAUCAACAAAAUGGAGCAGGUCCUGGAAGAGGAGCUGGAUCAGUUUGAAAGCUUACUAAAAACUAAAGACGCUGAGCUGGUUGAAGAAAAGGAGAAAUGGGAGGAGGAGAGACAGGAGAAGGAAAAGGAGCUCUCAGAUGUUAGGAGUCUCCUGGAAGAACAUCAGCGGAAAAGUGAGAAGGAGCUAAAGGAGCUGAUGGAGAAACAGGAGCAAGCUGUGGAGCAGGCUACAGAGAUGAUCAAGAAGUCCCACCAACAAGAGAUCUCUGAGCUGAAAAAGAAACAUCAACAAGAGACUUCCGAGUUGAAGUCUCAGUUUGAAAACAGACUUGUGGAGCUUCAGUUCACUUUAGAAGAGGAACAAAAGCGGCAGAUCAACCUCAUCAAACAGGUAACAGAGCGGGAGCACGAGAGGAUGAUGACAGAGCUGACCAGCAGACAUGCAGACGAGCUGGAUCAACUGAAGACUGAGGUGACCCUGGAGCUGAGAGAGAGCAUGGAGGCAGCACACCAAGCAGAGAUGCAGCAGGUUCAGGCCCAAAAGAUGCUGGAGCUGGAAGCCUUGCGCCUCAGCUUGACCAACGUCCACCAGUCCCACUUGGAGGUGUCUCAGGAUGCGGUGGUGGGCAAGAUCCAGGCCUCCAUGAAAGAAACGUUCACCCAGGAGAGGGCUCUGAUCCAGGCCAAACAUCAGAUGGAACUGGACCAAAUCAGACGACACCACCAAGAGGAGCAGGAGAGAAGGCAGCAGCUGCAUCAAAGUCACAUGGAUAAGUUAAAGCAGCAGCUGGAUGAAGACUUUGCAAAGGAGAGGACAUCCCUGGAAGAGAAGGCCACAAAGGAGAUCCAGUCUCUGAAGUCCCAGUUGGAGAAGGCUUCUACCGCUGAGUCUAAUCUCCAGGCAGCAUUAUCAGACAUGGAGGAGAGGCUGAACAGGACUCAGGCAGAACUGGACCAGACCAACAAGGACCUCACUGAAGCCCAGGCUGCUUUGUCCCAGGCCAGACUUGAGAUCCAAGAGACUCAGGCGAAACUGGAGGAUUACCACACAUCCAGCCAAGAACAGGACCAGAAAUUGUCUGAAGAACUCAAACACUCCUUGUCUGAAAGAGAUGCUGCUACUCGUUUGCUGGAGGAGUUGGUUUCCAGUCAUAAAGCGGAGCUACAAGAAAAGGAACAGCAAGUGCUCCUCCUACAGGACAAGGAGGGUGAACUGCAGCAACAGAUUUCGAAAUUACAAAAGGAAAAGAGCUUACUGAAACAAAACUCGCAGGAGGAAGUGGGUCAACUGUGGUCUCAGCUGGAGAGCAUGAGAUCAAACCGUCAGGAGCUCGGAGAACUAAAAGAACAGCUGCGUGCCCGCUCUGCUCACGUUGAGGACAUAGAACGCUUAAAGGUGGAUUUUAAUGAACAGAAACGUGAAAUCAAACAGCAGAAUGAAGCAGAGCUGGAGAGCCUCAGGAGAUAUUUUGAGCAGAGGCUGCAAGCCGCAGAGGAGGGCUAUCGAGAGGAAAUUGCACUGUUACAGCUGAGGAUGGUAGAAGGAGCACUAGAAGAUUCUGUGCUGAAGACCGCAAAUGACAGUGUAUAUUCUCCCACUGAGGGAAUUGAUAAUGAUGGAAAACAAGAGGAAAUGCUUAAUCAGCUGGAGGAGAAGCACACCCUGGAGCUGGCUGAGCUCAGGUCUUCUCUGUCUGAGACCUUCAAAGAAGAAUUACGGCAGGUGCGCUCAGACCUCACAGAUCAGUAUUACAAGGAACUUAUGGAUAUAAAGUCUCGCCAUGCUUUAGAAAUGGAACAACUCAAAGCCAAACUUUCUGAAAGCCACCUAAGAGAGCUCAGCAGACUCCAGCUGGAGGCAGCCAGGCAAGCAGAGGUGGAGGUUGAGCAGAGGCUGUGGUGUCUCACAGAAGAGCAGAGGAACAGUGCCAGUAUUAUCCAUGCUCUGGAGAGCAGACUGUCUGCACUGAGUAACCAGCACAAAGCUGAUGAACAGAGCACACUGAAGCUGAAAGAGGACUUUGCCGCUGAGCUUGCUCACCUGGAGGAUGCCCUGCAGAAGGAGAGGGAAGAGAUGCAAGAGAGGCUGAGCACACUGAAAAAAGAGCUCCAACACAAGCAUGAGUCUGAGCUGUGUGCUCUGAGGGAGGAGUUUAGGAGAGACAGGGAGCACCUUGAAAAAGCCCUUCAAGAAGAAAACAACAGGCUGAAGUCUCUGCAAGCUGCAGUAGACAGUGAUAACAGCCCACAGCUCCUGAAAGAGCGGCAGAGACUGGAGGCGCACUUUGAAAAUGAACUACAAAAGACCAAGAAGAGCAUGGAAGAAGAGCUCAAAAACAAGUUACAACAAGCUCAAGAAAGGUUUAAGGAAGAAAAGGCUGCAUUAGAGCAAAAUUUGUCCCAGAAAUAUGAAUCAUCUUUGUCCAACAUAAAGGAAAAGCUUAAAUCUGAACUGGCCCAGGAGAAGGCCAAGGCACUGACCAAACACUCUCAAGAGAUGGAUGCCCUCACUGCCCGAUACACAGGGCAGCUGGACGCCCUCAGUACCAGUCACAGAGAUCAGCUGGCAGCCAUGACCACGCAGCUCCAGAACAAGCACAACGCCGAGCUUGUUGCCUUGGAAGCGGCCCUUCAUUCACAACGAAAGCUCGACCUCGCCAGCUUAGAGGCCGCCUUUCAGGAAACCAGUCAGGCUGAGCUCCAAGCCCAAGAGGCGCAACUGGAACGCAAGCACCAAGAAGACAAGGACGAGCUGGAGAGGAGAAUGCUGGGAAACAUGGACACUCUGGAGGCCACCUAUCUCAAAGAAGUACAGACCCUGCAGGAUGAAAUGAUGCACCUGGAGCAAAGGCGCUGUAGAGAACUACUGGAGCAGAAAAGUGAACAUGAGCAGAUCUUGGAGCGCACCGUGAGCGAGCAGCAGCGGCUCAGGGAGGAGCUGAGUAAGACGCUCACAGACCGCAUCGCUGCCAUGGCUGCAGAACUCAAACAGGCGCACAAGGUGGAACUUUCUACCCAAAAAGAAGUCUUGGAUACUGAACAUUGUCAAGCACUGGAAGCACUGAAGAGACAAGUUUUGGAGCUUGAGCAACAGCACAGCGCGGCUCUUCAAGAACUUACAAGCACUUGCGCUGCAGAGAUCCAACAGCUCACUGAACAGCACCAAGAGCAGCUACAGGAGCUGAAGAACAUCUCUGCCCGCGAGCUCGAAGCAUGUCGCCGCGAGCUGGAGGAGUCGUCGUCACGGCAACGGCAACACUUCACAGAGGAAGUGGAGCUCCUCAAGGCCCAAUCCGAGGACCGGCUCCAGGAGAGGGUUCAGCAGAUCAAGACGGAGUUUGAAGAGCAGAAGGAGGCGGAGCUUGAGGAGCUGAGGCGGAGUCACACUUCAGAGCAGGAGGAGAAAGAGAGCAGCUACACCAGCAAAAUGAGCCAGCUGACCGCUCAGCUCCAACAGCUCGAUGCUGUGGUGGCCCAGCUCCGAGAAGAGGUUGGCUGUCUGCAGGGAGAGCUGGAGGGUAAGCGCUCGGAGAUGGAGACCCUAGACACCCUGCUCCAACGCAGAGAAAGGGAGAGCCAGGAGGGCGGCAACCUGCUCAAAAUGCUCACUGACGACCUCCAGGCUGCUAAAGAGGAAAAGACUUCUUUAAUCACUGCUAACGAGAAGCUGAGGAGGGUUGUUGUGGAGAUGGUGCGGAGUACAAUUGCAACAGAGGAGCUGAUUGGACAGAAAGUAAGAUCACAUGACACAAGCUCAGCUGGAGCUAAACGUAGAAGAAGUUCUACUGGGAACAAAGAUGCACAUGAAGCAGUGGCGGACUUGUCUUCAGAGGACUUGGAGCUGACCCACACUCUCUGUGAAAGCCUGUUAGUGUCUGAUACAAACCUGACUCCCGAGGGAGAGGAAGCUGCACUCUCAGCCAAUGGACGGCUUCAUCACGCUGUGGGGACACUACUGGACCUGCUCAAUCAGGCCAACACACAGCUGGAAGAGACCCAUAAUGUGCAUCUGUCUCUGGAGCAGAAGUUCACUCGGGGCAGGGAUGACUCGGCUCAGUUGGUCGAGCAGCACAAGCUCCUGAUAGAGCAGCUAAAUGAGGAGGCCAAGCAGAAGAGCCAACUCCAGCUGGAGCUACACAAAACCGAGGGGCUCCUGCAAGGCUUUGUGGCAGAGAAGGCGAUUUUGGAGGAGGCUUUGCAGCAGAAGGAGACGCAGGAGGAGAGGCUGGCUGAGGAACUGGAGGGGUUAAAGGUCAAACUCCACCAGAUGCAAAACCUCAGCAAAGACAUCGAGAUGCUGCGAUGCAAGAACCAGGAGCUGAGCGAGGAGCAUGCCAUCCUGCUGAGGCAGAAGGAGCACCUGUCUGCAGACCUGGGGGAGAGGGAGAAAGCUUUACUGACAGAGGUGGAGCAUUUGGCAGCAGACAGACUGGACCUGCAGCGUCAGGCAGAGAAGGACCACAGCUCCCUCUCCCAGCGUAUCCGAGCCCUGGAGAGAGAGCUGGAGGAGCAGGAAACCAAGAGCCUGGAGACAGAGCAGCACCACAAGACCCAGACGGAGGACCUGCAGCAGAGAGUCCAAUCUCUGGAGAAGCAGGUCAAGCACGACAGGCAGUUCAUAGAGGAGCAAGCUGUGGAGCGGGAGCAUGAAAGAGAUGAGUUCCAACAAGAAAUCAAAAAACUGGAAAAUCAGCUUAGACAAACUUCUGGUACUGAUAAUAAAGGACUCAAGUUUGAAGACAUGAUUUUCCAGGUGGAAAAUCUCCAAGCUAUAAUCAAAGACAAAACUGAGGACCAUGCCUCCCUGCUUGCAACCAACCAGCAAUUUCAGCGUGAUCUCGCAGAACGCAACGAAGAGAUUGACAAACUGGCCGGUAGAAUCAGGGAGCUGGAGCAGGCUUUGCUCAGUAGUGCAGAGACCAGCAGAACUGUGAACCAACUGGAACAAGAGCUCCACAGGGCCAUGCUGAGAGAACAGGAGCUCACACAAGAUAAACAGGCCCUGGAGCAGCAGCAGCUGUCUCACAGACUCCAGAUCUCUGCGCUGCAGUCCAAACUGGACGAGACCCGGCACAGUUACCUAAAGAACAACCACGAGCCCACACAGGAGCUGCGGGAGGCUCUGGACACAGCCCAGCAGAACCUCCACAGCAAGGAAGAAGAGGUGGAAAUGCUGCUUGGCCAACUAGAGACUGUGCAGACGGACCUGGGCAUCAAAGAGGUGGAGCUAAAGCACCUGACACUGCAGCUGGAGCUGAUCACGACUCAGAACACGGCUCAUGUUAACGAACUGCAAGAACAGAUUACAGUUCUCAAGGAAAAUGUGUCUGCACUCACUAUACUCCAAGAGGAGAGGGAGGAAGAACCCAAGGACAAGGAGGCAGAGGAGGACACAUUUCCCUCCGCUCUGCUCCUGGAGAAGAACUUGGAGAUCGACCAGCUGCAAAAUGAGAUCCAUAGACUGGAGCAGGAGCUGGAGCACAGUACUGAAAACAAGGAUUUGGAGUUGGAACAGCUUCACUCUCAAGUUGAAGACUUGCGCUCUCAAGUGGAACACCUCCAGUCCGAAUCCCUCCGAAUCCGCCACGACAAGCAGGAGGAAGUGGAACGCCUGCAUGAAGUCAUCAGCACCCUGCAGGCUGAGCUCGCUACGCUGGGCCCCAACCGCCAUGAAGUCAGCGACUCUCAGGAUGGAGACAGCAUCAACCCCUCGCCCGCUCCCAGCCCCGAGCCACAGCACUACACCAUCCAAGAACCAAAGACCAGACCCAGCAACCUCAAACAAGAGCUGGGAGUUAGCUAUCCGGCAUCGACGCGCUCUCUCCGAUCUCGCCUCAAAACUCUCCAGAGUCAAUUGGAAACGGCAGCAGCGGAGAAGGAAGGAUUGGAGAGAUUAUUGCACACCCAAGAACAGGAGUACAGAGGGCACGGGGAGGAGUUUGCAAAGAGGUUGAAAUCGCAGAUGGAGAAGGUUGAGGAGCUUCAGAGCGAGUUAAUUGGUAAAAACUGUGAAUUGGAGCGACUUCAAAUCCAACUGGAAGAGCAAGGAGAGAGGUUGAAAGCAAUUGAAGAUGAAAUUGAUGGUUAUAAAACUCAAGAUCAAACUGUCGAUGUGCUUCGUAAAGAAAUCGACCAGUUACAUUGUUCCAUUACAGAACUCCGAAGCAAAGAUAAGGAGCGAUUAGAAGAGAUCGAUAACCUAAGAGCAAAAGAAGAAGGGAUGAAAUUAGAAAUGGGUGAUAUAAAAGAAAGCAGGAUCACAUUGGAGAGGAAGAUUGAGGAGAUGAAGGAUGAACUAGUGCGUAUGGAGGCUCUGGUCGCCGAGGAAAGGAGCAAAGUGGAAUCGCUGGAAACCGCGACGGAAGAGCUCACGACGCAACGAGACUCACUGAGGAGCAGGGAGGCGGAGCUUCAGCAGGAGAUCAAAAGGCUGAAACAAGAAGUGGCGGCGUUGAGAGGGCGUGUCCAGGAGUUGACGGAUGAGUUCAGGCAGAAGGAGAGGAACCAGGAGGAGGAGCAGAAGGAGGUGCUGAGUCACGCUGAGCAGACUUUGGCCAAGGCAGAUGCUGUGGUGAAAGAGAAGGAGGUGGAGCAUCAUGCGUUGUCCGAGGAGCUAAACACUGUGAAACAAAACCUCGAAGAAUCCACAGAAAGAGCCGAAAAUCUCCAAAGAGAGGCACAGCGUAAGGAGCAGGCUUUUGCUGACCUGGAGACCCAUAACCAGCAGCUAAAGGCAGAGCUCCAGAGUCUGCAGGAGGAUCUGGCUGCACAGGAAGAAGAACUAAAUCUCCACCGCAGAGAACUCCAAACACUCCGACUGCGUUAUCAGCAUGACGUACCACCACAUCAGCAAUCACAAGGGUAGGAAUAUUCUUCCCACACUCUCUUUGAGGAGGUGAUCUCGUCCUCUCACGGCGAUGCGUCCCUGAGCUCUCCUGAGGUUCUGAGGAGGCUGGAGUGUUCUUCAGAGAGGUUCCCCAAGCAGCUCCACUCCUCAGUGCUCGAGUCCCGUCUGUCCGAGCUAAGCGCCCUCAACACCUCCGCUCUGGACCUGCCCCCGGCCAAAGCCUCCCCCAUGAUCCUCAUGGAGCCAGCACACUCCAGGACCAUCACCCCUGAGCCAGUGUCUCGCAGCAGCCACUCUCCAGUCUCAGGCUCCAACUACUCCACUAUGGACUCUCUGGACACGGACAAGGUGCAAGAGUUAGAAGAACUAGAUGCCACAACAGCAUCCUCUCCAUUGGGUUCCACCUCUUCCCUGUCUGCUCCAGAGUGGGCCAGCGAUGGAUAUGGAAGCAACGUGAGCUCAGAUCUGGGGGCUCGUCUCAGAGCAGAGCUGGAGCAUACAGAGAGGCUGGACGCUCAGUUUGUGGAGUAUCUCCGCUGCAGAGGCAUCAACCCCACAGCCAACACAGACAGUGCAGCCGGGAGCAUGAGCUUCAGUGAGGAGCUGCUGUCUCCAGAAUUACAAGCACUGUUGAGGAAGGUGUACCAGGAGAGCUGUAGAAUCCUCACUCUGUCCCAGCGCCGUGUCCCUGCUCGUCCUCCUGGUUCAGAGGUGAAGUCCCUGUCCCCCGGCCCCCCACAGCAGCGCUCUGUGGAUGGCUCCUCUCACCACGAUGAGCCCCUCCCUCCCAUGAGCUGGCAGCAAGAGAAGAGGGCCCUGCAGGAAACGGUCAUCGCUCUGAGGGAGCUGCUCUGUCGAAUGGCCCAAAAGCACAAUGCUGACGGAGGUCCACUCCCAGAUGGACACAUGGAGCUCCAGUUGAGAGCAGAGCUGGAGGAGAGGCAGAAGGAAGUUCAUCGAGCCCACAACAUCCAGCAGGAGCAGAAGAACAAGAUACAGACUCUCAGGAGCACCAUUGAAGAAAGUGAGGAUGCCUUACGAAGGGAAAGAAGCAAAGUCCAAAUGCUUCAACAGGAGCUGGAGCAGGAGAGAACACGCAGCCUCCGCAAAGACAUCGAGGAAGGGGAGAGGAGAGAGGCUGAACAUGUAUCGUCUGAACAGCAGAGGGCAGAGGUCAUGGCCCUGCGAGGUCAAGUGGAGCAGGAGAGCGUGGCCUGCAGUAACCUUAGACGUGAACUUCAGAUCGAACAGUCCCGCAGCCUGGUACUGGAGAAGCACCUCGAGGACCUCCAACGUGAACUGGAGAAAGCCCACCAGCAGUCUGCGCACCUGCAAGAUGUUUCCUCACAAAAGAACCAGCUAGAACAGCUCCUGAACCAAGCCGAAACGCGCUUAGCUGAAAGUCACGGCAAAUUCGACGAAGAGAGGAGCCGCUUUUCAAAACAGGUGGAAGAACUCAACCAGAGACAUGAAACGGAUGCGGCGCGUGACCGGAAGUUCAUGUCUGAUCUCCGCGCGCAACUGGAGCAGGAGAGGCGGAGGAGCGAGGAGCUGGCGUCGACGGCGGAGCGGCUCCGAGCGGAACUUCUGCAGAGUCGGAGGAGAUGGGAGGAGGAGGAGAGGAGCAUCAGGGAGGAGAUGCACAGGGAUCGGGAGGCGCUGGUCAGGCAGAAGGUUGCAUUGGAGAGCCUGAAGGAGCAGAAGCAGGACGCGUGCAGAGAGCUGGAGGCCGAGAAGAGCCUGUCCAAGCGUCAGGGUGCGGAGAUAGCGGAGAUGAAGGAGAAGAUGCAACUGAUGAAGAGCAAGGAGAGGGAAAGGGAGGAGCAGUGGGAGAAGGAGAGGAGGAGGGGCAGGCAGGAGCAGGCCGAGAGAGAGAAGAGACAACAGAGCACCUACAGUAAACUGUGUGAGUUGGAGUCGUUGAGGCAGCAGGACCAGCAGCGUCUGAAGGAGUUACAGCACACUUUAGCCGAGCUGGAGCGUGAGGAGAGGGAGAUGGUCCGACAGAGGCUGAGUGGACGGCAACACAAAGUCCACAUCGACGGCCCCAAGUUACCCGCCCAUGCCCAACACAACCAGCAGGUGUCCCCGGGUCUGUCUUUGUCCCACACGGAGAAGCUGUCUAAAGAGAACAGUGAGCUGAAGGAGCAGCUCACAGUGCAGAGUCAGGAGAGAGCGUCCCUCAAACAGAAGAUCAGCUCUUUGAGUCAGCAGCUGCGACGCACAGAGACUGAGCUCCAGCAGGCCACGUCCGAAACUGAGAACAGAUCUGCCCAUGACAGCACCACGCACUACAAGCUGCAGCGUCUGUACGAGCGUUACCUGCGUGCAGAGAGCUUCAGAAAAGCCCUGGUGUAUCAGAAGCGUUACCUGCUGCUGCUCAUCGGAGGUUUUCAGCAGUGUGAGCAGGCCACGCUGUCUCUCAUCGCCACCAUGGGAGUGAGACCCUCGCCCUUCCCCGCCCGCCCUCAGCGCGGGAAGGCCCGCUUCAGAGUGGUCGUAGGGGUGGUCAUCGCCAUCUCGAGAAUGAAGUUUUUGACUAGAAAAUGGCAGAAAGCGAUUCGAAGGGUCUCUCUUUCUGGGUCCAUCCACAUCCACGGUCCGGCUUCAGGUUCUAAAACUGAGGUCCUCAGACCACAACAGCCAAAUUUUGAAUCUACUCCAUUUCAACAAAAUGUAACUUCCUUUGUUUCGUCCAACAAAGCGUCCUUUAGGCUCCACAGCAGGUCGCAGUCCAGUUCUACCCUGGCGUCUGUGCAGACUGGAGCUACGUCCCAGGACCCAGAGAGAUCUCUCACAGAAUAUAUCCAACAUUUGGAGAAGGUCCAGCACCGGUUGGCAGGAGUCAGGCAAGGUUCUCCUGGCCUCCAGCCAGACCCAAAGAAGUCCGAGCGCUAAAACAUGAAUGUCUUUUGUCUGCACAAUUUUAAACGUCCAUGCCUUAAACUGAAGUAUAUUGAAGAUAUGUUUUUAUAAGCACAUAAUUUAUUUUUAAAUACUGUGUUUUUAUACCGUCUAAACUUCAGUAUUAUCUGCAAAUAUUGUUUUUAAAGGUACUGUUUGACGUUUUUAUAACUUUUUUUAUACUACUGAAAUGACAUGUGCACUAAUCCCCUCUGGACAUUAUGCCUUAUGUCUGUUCAAUGAAGGGACAUUAUCACAAUAUUUACUCCAUAUGUUUUUGUAAUACACUUGUAUAUUUGUGUAUAAUAUGUUUUAAUAAAUAUACAUGAUAAUGCUG